AUGGCUACACAUGAUAAGAUGUUUGAGACUCAAAUAACUCAAGUAUCCCAGCAAGAAGCGGCGACUGCUUCCUCUACUGGCAUAUUCUCAAGCCAUCCACAACCCAACCCCAAAGGCCACACUAAUGCUAUCACGCUGCAAAGUAGGACGGAAUUAGACGACCCAGUUGAUCCUAGAGAGACGGUUGAGAAGGAACAAUUGUAUGUACCUCCUCCACCCUAUAAGUCACCCAUUCCAUACCCUCAGAGACUUUCAAAGUCUAAGAUAGAGGGUCAGUUCAAAAAGUUCGUGGAGCUCUUUAAACAGCUACAUAUUGCUUCUUCCUUUAUAGAGGCCAUUAUACAAAUGCCCUCAUACGCUAAGUUCCUCAAGGAAAUUAUAUAUAACAAUAGGAAGCUUGACGAUAAUAGCAAUAUGGCGCUCACUGAAGAGUGUAGUGCAAUAAUACAAAACAAUAUGACAGAAAAGCUGAAAGAUCCAGGGAGUUUUUCCAUUCCCUGUGUAAUUGGGAAAUAUGUCAUAGACAAUGCCCUUUUUUAUUUAGGACCUAGUGUGAGUUUGAUACCUCUCUUAGUCUGUGAGAGGUUGAAUUUAGGAGAUUUAAAGCCUAGUAAGUUGUCCCUCCAGCUGGUUGAUUGUUCAGUCAAGUAUCCCGUAGGUAUUAUGGAAGAUAUUCUAGUUAGGAUAGCCAUGAUUUGUGCGAUUAUUGAUGUGAAACGAGGGAAACUUAUUUUUGAGGUCGGUGAAGAGAAAAUUGAGCUCAUUUUUUCCUAG